AUGGUAGUUGAACAUGAUGAAUUCAUAUCUGGGUUGCUAAAGAAACUGAAAUCUGAUGAUACUGAUGACCUGCAGGACCCCUUUCAAAUGGUUGACAAUAUAGAGAAGUGGCCAAUACAUAAUCAAAACCAACCAUGGAGACAAAAAAAACCAAUAGUAGGUGAAAGGAAGGAUGAAAGUUCUUUCCAAGUGGUUUCUAUGUGGAAUGAUCACAAUUGUAGUAGAAAAUUUAGGUUUGGGUCACUAGUUACUUACAAGUGGAUUGGUAGGCAGUUUAGAAAUAAGAUAAGGGCAAAUCCAUCUAUCAAACUUGUUGAAAUUUCAGAUUUGGUUAUGAAGAAAUACAAAUGCAUAGUGACUCCCACUCAGUGUAGGGCAGCUAAAAAUUAUGCACUUGCAGAAUUCCAGAGGUCAAUAGAGGAGCAUUAUGGUAUGCUGAGGUCAUAUGCAGAUGAAUUACUUGCUUCAAACCCUGGAUCUACCAUAAACAUUGGUGUUACAAGGAAUCCAGAUGGGAAGAGUUAUUUUGAUAGGAUGUACAUUUGUCUCAAGGGAUUGAAAGAAGGUUGGAAAAGAGGUUGCAGGAAGGUUAUUGCAUUAGAUGGAUGCUUCAUGAAGAGUCCAGCAAUAGGAGAGCUUCUUACUGCAAUUGGAAGAGAUGGAAACAACCACAUCUAUCCAAUUGGUUUCAUAGAAGUAGUGAAAUACAUGUUACCCUAUGCAGAGCAUAGGCAAUGUGCAAGACACAUCUAUGAGGGGUUUAGAAAAAGAUAUAGUGGUGUCUUGUUUAGGUCCAUGUUCUGGUCAGCCUCUAAGGCUAGUUACCCACAACUGUUUGAAAAGGUUAUGAAGGAUAUUAAGAGUACAGACCCUAGAGCUUAUGAUUAUCUGAUGGACAAGAACCCAAAAAGCUGGUCUAGAGCAUUUUUCAAGUUGAAUAGGGCUUGUGAUCGUGUAGAGAAUGGUUUUAGUGAAUGCUUCAACUCUGUCAUAUUAUCAGUGAGGAAUAAGCCAAUCAUAACAAUGUUUGAGACAAUAAGAUCCAUCAUAAUGGAGAUGCAAGAUGUGAUGAGGAGAUUAUGUUUGAGAUGGAAGACUGACAUAUCUCCUUCAAUUCAAAACAGAAUUGAGUGGGCCAAGGACCAACAAAGGUUUUGGAAACCUUUUCAUGCUGGGGGCUCUCAUUGGGAAGUGAGACAAUUGUAUGAGGCAUUUAAGGUAAAUGUGGAUGAAAAAACAUGUAGCUGCAGAAUGUGGGGACUUUCUGGUAUCCCAUGCCCACAUGCUUGUGCAGUUAUAUUCAAGAUCAACAAGAGACCUGAAGACUAUGUUCCUGGUUGGUUUAGAAGGUAG